AUGCCUAUCUCCCGACUUUCAUUGGGUGAUCAUGAGUUCGGUAUUGCCACAUUGUCUCUCGGGAAUUGGAGGGAGCAUCGCUUGCAACCUCGCCUAGAAGCAGCAGCAAGGGCGGGAUAUCUGUGGAUUGAUCUCUUUGAUGAGUGCUGGGCCGCAUACUUGGAGGAAAAUGGGUUAUCAAGAGAAGACCAUCAUAUAUGGGAGCCAACCCAGGAGAAUCUGAAGGUUGCGCAGAAGUUGGCGGGUGUUGUCAAGUCCCUGGGAAUGCGCAUUGCCUGUACGCAGCCUCUUCGAAAGAUUGAGGGUAUCAAAGACCCUGAGGAACGUCAGGCUACCCUUGAUCUGGUAGCCAAGCGGUUUCCAUUUAUGCGAGCCUUUGACACCGAUCUUGUCUUUAUGUGUGCAAAUAUUCGCAAGGACAGUGGUGUUACAUCAGACCUGGCAGUCGUCGCUCAAGAUCUAGCCCAACUUGGUGAUAUGGCUGCGGCUUAUGCGAAAGCUGAUGGUGGCCCUAUGUUGAGGAUCGGGUAUGAGGGCCUUUCUUGGGCAACCCGAAACACAUGGUCUUCGUCAUGGGAAGUGGUUCGAUUCGCCAAUCGCCAAAAUGUCGGCUUGAUACUAGAUGCCUUCAACAUUCUUGCCGUCGAGUUUGCGGAUCCAUACAAUGUUGCUGGUCACGGGCGUAUAUACCCAACACUGGAGGAAUCCCUCGAUGUACUCACAGAAUCGCUUGUCUCAUUGGUCCUCACGGUGCCUGGGGAUCGGAUCUUCUUCUUUCAGUGUGGGGAUGCGGAACUGGUGAACCCAACAAGCUUUCUUCCUCCCUCUGAUCCGGACACUCCAUUGCUGCUUCCAUGGUCGCGAGGCCAUCGUCUAUAUCCGCUUGAGCAAUCUCGAGGCGCUUAUAUGCCAGUGGAACUCGUUGGAGCCGCCGUUCUCGGCACUGGAUACCAGGGUCCAAUUUCACUUGAAGUUUUCAAUACAUCUUUAGACCAGCCCGGCCAAAUGGUUCCUACAGAUCAUGCUAUGAGAGGACUGGAUGCCCUUCAAGGCUUGAUGGAGACUUCAAAAUCCAUUUUUGGAUUUUGGGCAAACAGUGUUGAACGCAAGAAGGCGAUCAAUCAGGUAGUUCAAAGACUCCGGUCAAGCAAUCACAAGCUGUGA